AUGGCACCUCCGAGCGCAGCUGUCUCUUUCAAGAAGAAAGAUGGCAGUCUGAGUCUGACCGACGAUGAGGCGACGCUGGUCUGGACCCCGGCCGAAGCGAGUGUUUCGGGACAUAAGAUCUCUGUGUCCACGAUCACCAAUCUACAGCAGACGCCGAUUUCGAAUCCAAAAGUGAUGCUAAAGGUCUUUGCCACCGCUCCAAAUGCCCCUCCUAAUAGCGAAGCCAUCGCCUACACCUUUCUAUUCACCGCCGCGACGGACGCACGCGCGCAAGCCGACGCUUUCAAAGAUGCCCUCAGUGCUCGGGUUAAUGCGGGGAAAGCAGGAACACCUUCACAGACAUCCACGCCGGUUCCCAGUGGUGGGGCAGGAGUUUCAGCAGCUAUGGCGAUAGCAAAUGCGGUUUCGUCAGCUGGGUCAGCUCCCAACCCGUGGGACGAUGAUAACCGCCUAAAGGGUGACGUGGAGCUGCAGCAGUCUUUAUUGAAGGCCGAUUCCAUGUUGCAACGAAUGUUUAUGGAAUCUUUACAUACGAAACCGGAAACUCUAUCAUCUGGCCAGUUCAUGUCACAAUUCUGGUCUACCCGGCUACACCUUUUACGAGCUCAUGCGAUCGAACGCGCCCAGACUCGCGGAUCUUAUAACGUGCUCUCGUCAUUGAAGCCGCGUGUCGAGGAAAAUGUGACUCGAUUAAAUAUCAGCAAGGAGCAAAUCCAGCUUAUUUUUACGCAACACCCACUUGUCAAACAGGUCUACGAUGAGAAUGUUCCCAAGCUGAGCGAACAACAGUUCUGGUCGCGAUUCUUCCAGAGUCGAUUAUUCAAGAAGUUGCGUGGAGAGCGAAUUGGAGAAGCAGACGCAACAGAUGCCGUGCUGGACAAAUAUCUUCGUGAAGAAUCCACUGCCAAAGAACGUGAUACCAAUAUGCCACACUUCCUGGAUCUUGCGGGUAAUGAAGGGCAUAACAGUCAACGCCGUGGAAACCGGCCGGAUCUGGACAUGCGCCCCUCUGCCGUGGACAAGGUGCCUAUCAUUCGAACUUUGAACAGCCUCAGUGAGAAAAUCAUGGCCAACGUGGCACCCGCAGAUGGCGAUCUAAGUGCUCCCAUCGGGAUGAAUGAGGAAGCCUGGGCGAAAUUGCAGCUACAGGAUCUCCGUGGAGAUGAGGAACAAGCUCGUAUUACUCUGAACAUCCGUGACCAGAACCGUUUCUUCUCGGCGGCAAAGGAUGGCGACCAAACUCGGGCCCUCGCGAAACAGGACCCUGAUCAAGUCUUGCAGCUCCUUCGCACCGAAGUCGAGCGCAAUCUUCCACCUGGCGGAGCUGCACCUCUCCAAAAGUUAGUCGAUCCUGGCGAUGACGAAGACGAGGAGAUGGAAGAUGCCCCUGCUAGCCGACGCCCCGUUGGCUCUUCCGCAGCCUUGCACGCCGCAUUUGCCCAGAUUCUCGACGCGGUACGUGAUCAACGUGCCCAGAUGGUCGAGACAUCAGUAUCCGAAACCUACGGACUCUCUCCUGCGCUUUAUGACCGACUCACAUUAACGCACGCGACUUCUACUGAAUUCCUUCAUCAGUUCUGGCAGGCCUUUCUUUCCGGCGACUCCGAUCGUGCAGGUGAGGUGAAGUCAUUAUCGGAAUCACUCAUCCGUGCGAAAGGACGAAUCAAAGCCGUCUCAGAUUCUGCGGAGGCAGAACGUCAGGUUGAAGUUGACCGGGUGAAACAGCAUGCUCGCGAUAUGUUUGAGCGUACUGGACGUAAGCUGCGACCGAACCUAGACAGCAUUGAGGGCGGCGCAAAAGCAGUCAAUCAGCUGCUUGGUCCCACAUUGCAUGCCUUAGAGUUGGCAUCGAAUCGGUACGAAACGGCUUUAGCAGAGGAAAUGAAAGAAGCGGCGGCUCUGGCCGUGUAG